AUGGAUAUCCGCCAAUGGCACGAAGGUCCACAAGCUAUGUUAUCGUCGGUACUCAUGUGCUACUGGCCAAUUAACGGCCGAAAUUUAGCACGAAAUAUAGUAAACAAAUGCGUUGUUCGUUUCAAACAGAAACCUAUUAUAAUGCAACCGAUAAUGGGUGAUCUACCUAAACAUCGAGUAUCUCCAGGCCGCGCGUUUCUAAGAUGUGGAGUAGACUUCGCCGGGCCGUUUAUGGUUAAAACUAGUAUUCGAAGAAAUGCCCCGAAAGUGAAGUCUUAUGUAAGUGUUUUUAUUUGUUUAGCUACGCGAGCUAUACAUCUCGAGCUCGUCAGUGACCUGAGCACCUACGCCUUUAUCCGCGCAUUAAAUAGAUUUUUUGACCGGCGUGGAAAAAGCAUUGUAAUCUACUCAGAUAAUGCAACGAAUUUUGUCGGAGCAAACCGGAAAUUAAAGGAAUGGUACCAAUUAUUUCAUAGUGACGAAAAUAAAAAAAGGACUAUGGAUACGUUAUCAGAUUUAGGCAUUGAUUGGAAAUCCAUACCCUCCCGUUCACCUCACUUCGGGGGUCUAUGGGAAGCAGGUGUAAAAUCUAUGAAAUCCUUAUUAUCUAAAAUCUUGGGUGAUUCGUACUUCACUUACGAAGAGUUGCUAACUAUUAUAACCMGAGYAGAGGCGUGUCUAAAUAGUCGUCUAACCCUUAUGUCCUCCGAUCCUAGCGAUAUGUCACAUUUAACUCCCGGGCAUUUUCUCAUCGGUGACUCUCUCCGCCAUACCAGAAGUUGA